GGACAACUCCUCCUGCUGUUGCUAUGGGCCACCCACCCUACCAUGGCAACCAACUGGCUCUCGCUGGCGAGGAUGCCACACAACCGGCCCGUGUCUGGUGCUGCCCCCUGUGGGCGGCUGCGGGGCCUGUCUGUGGGGCAGGUGGGGGUAUGCCGGGCCAGGGGAGAGGUGAUGGAGUCUGUGCGCAGGGCUGCAGAGAUGGUGAUAGAGGAGUGCCAGCACCAGUUCCGCAACCGGCGAUGGAACUGCUCCACCACCCCACGUGGGGUCAACGUGUUCGGGAGAGUUAUGACCCAAGGCACACGUGAGGCAGCCUUCGUACAUGCCCUGUCGUCAGCGGCAGUGGCUGUUGCAGUGACUCGGGGCUGCAGCCGGGGGGAGCUGGAGAGGUGUGGCUGUGAUCGGAAGGUCAGAGGAGUCAGUCCUGAAGGAUUCCAGUGGUCUGGCUGCUCAGAUAAUCUGUCCUAUGGGGUGGCCUUCUCCCAGACCUUCGUUGAUGAGCCAGAGCGUGCCAAGGGCCUGUCGUCAGGGAGGCCACUGAUGAACAUUCACAACAAUGAAGCUGGCAGGAAGGCAAUCCUGCACAACAUGCAGGUGGAGUGUAAGUGCCAUGGCGUGUCGGGCUCCUGCGAGCUCAGGACUUGCUGGAAGGUGAUGCCACCUUUCCGCCGGGUGGGCACUGUGCUGAAGGAGCGCUUCGACGGGGCCACGGAGGUGCGCCUGUCUCGGGUGGGCUCCAGGACAGCACUGCUGCCCCGUGACCCCCACGUGAAACCACCUGCAGCCCGCGACUUGGUAUAUCUGGCACCUUCCCCGGACUUCUGCAGCCUGGACCCGGACAAUGGGAUCCCAGGCACUGCUGGGAGGCGUUGUAACGGCACCUCCAGACUGGCCCCGGACGGCUGCGAGCUGGUGUGCUGUGGCCCCGGCUUCCAGGUGGGCCGGGCGGAGGUGGUGCAGCGCUGCUCCUGCAAGUUCUCCUGGUGCUGCUCGGUGCGCUGCCAGCAGUGUAAGAACACGGUGCUGAUCCACACAUGCCAGGAGUGAGCGGACAGGUGGCCGGGCAGGCAGGCGGGAGGCAUCUGUGCAUACGGCACAUCCCGCAUUAGCACUAACAGACAGCCAGCUAGGCUCUGCGCUGAUGAUAUGCAAACCAACGAGCUGCUAGUAAAAAGUAUCACUACAUACAGCUGUACUAUCAUUUAGCGCAUAGCUUGUUUGAUUGUUUCAUAUUCAAACCCACUGUUCAGCCUGUUACCGUCCACUAUUUAUUUUUACGCCCAGCAUCCUUCGUGUUUGUAUUUAUUUGUGUCUCGGAUAACAUGCCCCCCCCCCCCGUAGAUAGGUGGCAGUCUAUGCCCAAGAGGAGAGCUCCUCACACUCUCAUAAUCCUGGGCCCCUCUGCAGCUUUGACAUCUACUGUUUUUUCCUGGAUUCCAGCAUUUUAUAGACGAUUUGUUUAAAUAAACAGCUUUCACAGCA